AUGCUUUUUAACAAUGGUAAAGAGUUGUGCUGCGUACAACUGUACUCGAGAUGGAGUAAAGGCUGCAACACUUCUUUUCACAAACUAAAAAAUGAAGCAAUUCCGACAUUGUUUGACUUUCCAUCAAAUAUCCAACCACCGCCAAAAAAACAGAGGAGGGUUGUCAUCAAAAAGAAGUUACCCGUACCUAUUCAGCCACCUAGUGCAGAUCUUCGAUUUGAAGCCAACACGUCUAUGUCAUCGGUUCUGCUGCUGCCGUUGGAACACGACCAGUCAGUUUCCACACCAAACGAGCAAAAAUCAACAGUUGGCCUACAUCAAACACCGGUAAGCUGUAGUAUAGUUCGUUGGUAGACAUAGACACGGACAUCACGUAAAAGGUUUUUUUUAGAGGAUGCGGCUAGAUAAAAAUGUCUCAUGAAUUGGAGUGGGGUUCUUAUACAAAUGUUUUUUUUAAUAAG